ACCACUACAGCCGGCUUUGGAGCAGGGGGGUUGACUAACGUAGCCCCUGAAUAAGUGGGCCUACAUUUUUGUAAAACCUCUCCCACAGACAGGACUGGGUUCAGGACAGGGCCUGUUACUUUCAGCUAUACUCCUUCUGAUCACUUACAUUAGUCUGUCUCUCCUGCCUCCAUCAGCCUAAUUGCCAAGCGGAUGUGGGCUAACAUGGCUGCCCUCCACCUGCUGCUGGGCGCUGCACUCCUGGCUGUGAGCUCGGUCGCCCAGACCCCCGAAGAUGAGCUCGCCCUACAGAAUGCUGAAUUCGGUACCAGUCUGUACCGCAAAGUUGCUGGCAGCACCGACGGGAACGUGGUGGUGUCGCCCUUGAGCCUGACGCUGGGCCUGGCCGCCUUGGCCGAGGGCGCCGGGGCCCAGACGCGCGAGCAGCUCCUCGGCACCCUGCAGCUGGGCCCGCUGCAGAAGGCCGACGCUCCCGACAGUCUCCCCCAGCUCCUGCAGAGCCUCCAGGCAGACUUGGAGAAGGGCGCCGCCAUCCGGUACGACCAGGGCACGGCGCUGUUCGCCGCGCAGCAGGUCGCAGUGGAGGAGGAGUUAAAAAAUCGGGUGAAGCAGUUCUUCCAGACAGAAGCGCAGAAUGUCGACUUCAGUAAACCACAGGCUGCCUCGACCACGGUAAAUGACUACUUCCGCACCAAGACCGGGGAGAAGAUCCGAGAGGUGGUGUCUCCAACCAUGGACGUCAACACGCAGCUGAUGUUGGUCAAUGCUGCCUUCUUCAAAGGCCAGUGGGUUCUCCCUUUCAACGCCAGCUUCACCCAGGAAGAGCGCUUCUACAUCGACAAGUACCACAUCGCUCAGGUGCCCAUGAUGUUCCGCUCCGAUAAAUACCACCUGGCAUAUGACCCCGAUCUCAAAGUGGGCAUUCUCAAACUGCCCAGCUCAGGAGGGGCAGCCAUGCUUGUCAUUUACCCCGAUGAAGGUGUGGACAUCACCUCCAUAGAUGACGAACUGUAUGCCAAAACAUACCUGGACUGGUUGAAGAAGCUGAAGAGAACGAGACUGGAGGUCCAGCUGCCACGCUUCUCUCUCCAGCAGUCCUACUCCCUAAAGAUGGCCCUGGCCAACAUGGGCGCGCCAGAUGUGUUCCAGGCCAAUGCUGACCUGUCCACCCUCAGCAAGAGCCAGGGCCUGAAGCUGGAUGAGGUUGUGCAGAAAACUGCCAUCGAGGUGGACGAGACCGGGUCAGAUCCAGACUCAGCCCCUGUAGACACCGGCAGCUUGCCUCCGCGACUCACCAUCAACAGACCCUUCCUCUUCCUCAUCUACCACGAGCCCACCAAGAACCUGCUCCUCGUAGGAAGAGUGGUCGACCCCACCAAGAACUGAAUGCAUGAGAUGCUGGCUCACGUCACACUGUACUAAACUAUUAGUCAUAACAAAUGCGCACACUGUAAACCUGGGCUGUAACAUAUUACCUAAGUAACUUACAUGCUGUAUGCAUAUUCAGUAUUGACCUUUGUCUACUUCCAGUGUUAGCAGGCUGAUUGAUCUAUACAUGUUGCAAAACUAGACACUAUACAUAAUAGUGUUAUUAUUCCUGCAUUUCACAUACUGUACAUCAUUAUAUGUGUGUUAAGAGCUUUGUAUUGUUCACUAUUCAAACUCCUGCUCAGUUUAUAUGAUGCUUUCGGACAACCAGAUUGAAUAAUGAGAACUGAUGUGCUAUUUAAAUGUGGUCCUGGAAUGUGUGUGUUGAAUUCCACAUUCAGAACAAAAAAAUAAAUAAAAGAUUUGGUGGAACGAA